CAAACAAACCUCACAAAUAGAAAAAUCUUAGAUUCAAAUCAUCAAUCAUGCAUUUCGUUCUAGUGCAUGGAGCAGGGCAUGGAGCUUGGUGCUGGUAUAAGGUCCGCGCUAUCCUGGAAGCAGCCGGCCAUACGGUCACAUGUCUCGACCUCAAGAGCGCCGGCAUCGACCCAACAGAUCCCAACACAAUAUCCAGUUUUGAUGAGUACGAUCAGCCUCUCCAUGACUUCCUCUCUAAUUUGCCUGACAAUGAAAAGGUCUCGUUGGUGGGGCACAGCCAAUCAGGCGCAAACGUUACGAAUGCCAUAUUCACUUUUCCAGAGAAGAUUCAUGUCGCCAUUUAUCUUGCAGCUAACAUGAUGAGACAUGUGUAUGGGAAAGCUAAUGAAGAAGUCGAUGCCAAAAUUAAAGAAUCGUUUAAUUUGGGGAAUAAAUAUGAAUUCCACUUUUCUCCGGAAAGCAAUAGUAUUAUCCCCACUAGCAUUAGAGUGAAAGAAGACCGCCGUCGCCAUUUUCUCUACAAUAUGAGCCCAGAAGAGGAUUAUGUUUUGGCUACAAUGCUGCUGAAAUGGUCACCAGUAAGAGUGGCAAAAAUCUCAAACGGAGAAGACGUUGUGCCACGUGUAUAUAUCAAGACACUGAAGGAUCAUAUGGCAGAGCCUUCGCUCCAAGACUUAUUUAUAGCGAUCUGGCCUCCAUCUCAAGUUUAUGAAAUUGAGAGUGACCACAGCGCUUUCUUCUCCCAACCCGAUCAGCUCUCUGCCCUUCUUAUCAAAGCAGCCAAUUCAAUCUCUGCAUAAUUACUGCAUUUACCGUGGUGGAGGAAGGAUGACAUAGGAUGUUUCCAAGUCAAAGCCAAGAUGUUGGAGUUUCUUUCUUAAUUAAAUAAAUCGUUUCAUGAAUCUUUGUCACUUCUUGUUUGAAAUGACCUCGUUAAACAUUAUGUACCUUGAAUUUUCAGCACACCAUUGAAUUUUCAGCAGACCAUUGAAUUUUCACUUAUUGCAGAGUGUGUGGUAAGAUUUUUACCAUUAAAUCUAAAUGAUCAUUGCAUAUCAAGUGGUGGACCAGGACAUCCAAAAUCUUCCAAAGAAGGAGCCAAAGAUGCGGUGUUUCGUGGAUGGAAUUGUAGUGGUUGUCAUUCUUUGGAGAAUCAACGUUUGGAGUUCUCUUUAACUCCUGCGCUUCUCUUUCUUUUUCUUCCCUCUCUGCCCUCACAUCUAAGUUAUGGGACUGUCUUAAAAGUUAAUAGUUUGAUAUUCUCCGAGAUGAAUUUGAGAGAGGACUGAAAUUAA